AAAGCGCAGCGAUAUUUGCCAUUAUCGAUGUGAGUUUUACCAGGUAGCGUUGAUGUUUAUACAAUUUGCUGGCUGAAUUAUGGAUAUUGGGGAACUCUUGGCAUUUAAGCCCGAGCAGACACCAAAGCGACCGCAUGAGGACGACGAUGAUUUCGCGCUGCCGGAGCCGGCGAGUGAUAUUGGAAAACGGGGCGGCGGCAUCGAUGAAAAGUCAAAGCGAAUGCGUCGCAUUGCGGACGCCAAGGAAACGGCCAACUACAGAAAGUCACAUGACAGCAAUGCGACUGGAGCGGGAUCAGCCAAUGGCAGUGCAUUUGAGUUUGAUCCCGAGCUCACAGAGGAGGAGCGUCUAAAUAUCUUAAAGUAUGUUGAGAGCGAGGAAGCAGAGGGCGAUGUGCUGGACGAACAAGGUCUGAAGAAGCUAAUACUGGUGUUUGAGAAGCGCAAUCUCAAGAACCAAGAGAUGCGCAUCAAAUUCUCAGACAAUCCCGAGAAAUUCAUGGACUCCGAGCUGGACUUACACACAGUCAUUCAGGAACUAAAAGCUGUAGCCACAGUGCCAGAUUUAUACCCGCUGCUCGUGGAGCUGCAUGGCCUCCACAGUCUACUGGAGUUGCUAGCACAUCAAAACACAGAUAUCGCAGUUGCCGUCGUUGAUCUGCUCCAAGAGGUAACUGAUGUGGAUAUUCUGGGUGAAAGCAAUGAGGGUGCCGAGUCCUUGAUCGACGCGUUGCGCAAGGAACAAAUAUGUGCACUACUAGUGCAGAAUCUUGAGCGGCUCAACGAACAGGUAAAAGAGGAAGCCGAUGGUGUGCACAAUACGCUGGCGAUUGUCGAGAAUCUAACGGAGAUUGACGGGGAGUUUGUGCGCGAAGCAGCGAUACAAGGUCUGCUGGCCUGGAUACUAAAGCGUCUCAAAGGCAAAUCGCCCUUUGAUCCCAACAAACUGUAUUGCAGUGAAAUAUUGUCCAUCCUGAUACAGACAGAGAACGAUAAUCGUUUGUUGCUCGGAACACUGGAUGGCGUCGAUGUAUUACUGCAACAGUUGGCUGUCUACAAGCGUCACGAUCCCGCCAGUAAUGAGGAGCAAGAGUACAUGUCCAAUUUGUUCAAUUGCAUGUGCUCGGCGCUGAUGGCGCGCGAGAAUCGCGAUCGCUUCCUCAACGGCGAGGGAUUGCAGCUGAUGAAUCUGAUGCUCAGAGAAAAGAAGAUGUCACGCAAUGGUUCCCUCAAGGUGUUGGAUCAUGCCAUGGCCGGCCAGGAUGGACGUGAGAAUUGCAAUAAGUUCGUCGAGAUUCUGGGACUGCGCACCAUUUUUCCACUAUUCAUGAAGACGCCCAAGCGUAACAAGCAGCGAUUACUUUCAGUGGAUGAGCAUGAGGAGCAUGUCUGCUCGGUGAUUGCAUCGAUGUUGCGCAACUGCAAGGGCACGCAAAGGCAACGCAUGCUGACCAAGUUCACGGAGAACGAUCAUGAGAAAGUCGAUCGGCUGCUCGAGCUGCAUCUUAAGUACUUGGCCAAAGUGGAAGCCAUUGACAGAGAGAUUGAUCAGCAGCCAAAAGAUGCGGGCAUCGAUGAAGACGAGGAAGCGGAGAAUAAUUAUAUAAAACGCUUGACUGGCGGUCUGUUUACGCUGCAGCGCAUCGACUACAUCUUGCUGGAGGUCAGCGCCACCACAGAAACAGUCAAGCAGCGAGUGCUACAAAUUCUUAAUUUGCGCAGCGCAUCCAUGAAAACCAUCAGAAGCAUUAUGCGUGAGUACGCUGGAAAUCUGGGCGAUGGCGACACCGACUGGCGGGAACAGGAACAGACACAUAUUCUAUCUCUAGUCGAUCGUUUUUGAGGCAAUAACCCAACAACCCAACUUUCCCUACCACACGCAAAUAGAUAAAUAAAUUCGCACGUCCAUCAAAUUUGGAUUAUUUCAAACAGAACUUUAGUUUUAGUUUAUUGGUAAUUUUGGUCAGUUUCUAUGGAAAAGGGAUCGAGGAUCUAAGAUCCUAUUGGCGAAUUUGACGUACAUCUGGGGAAUUCAUGUUCUUGUAUAGAAAAUGCAUUUACUCUUUCUUUGAAUCAUCUUUGCAUUCUCUGGGGAAAAAAUAUUAAUUAUUGAAAUUUGAAACAGAAAUUGGAAUCGAUGCUAAAAAAUGUUUUUGUAAUAAAUACAAGAUAAAGAAGCUGAAAAGCAUUAAAAGCAAUUUCUACAGUUUGUUGAUGUUGUGGUUGAAUUUUUAAUUUAAAGCAAACUAACUUAAAAUAGCAUAAUACACUUUUCGUCUUACCACUUUUCAAGCAGUUUGCAUUUCAAUAAAUUAAAUGAGUUUUUGCAAUAAUCACGUUGACAUUAGACCAGUUUUUGUUUGUUUCAGUUUUGGACUUUUACUAGUUAUUAUUUUCGUGCUAAUAACAAUAAAUUUGUUUUUUACGCUUACAAUGUUUCACAGGUGCAAAAAACUCUCAACUCUUAGGAUUAUUCGAAAUUAUAAUAUUUAGUUAAUAUGUAACACACUCUGGUUUGACCAAAGACAAAAAAUAUACUACAAUCAUGGUGUUACUCCAUUCACAAAAAAGGUCAAUAAAA